UUUGAAUAAGUCAACCCAGUGCUUGGAGUUGACGAUUGCUUAUUUACUCCGCCAUCAAACAGACCUGAUCAUUAGACGACUACUUCCUGGUCAUACUUUGCAUAGUUUCAUAUGUGCAAGCAGUAUCCUUGAUCCUUUCCCCUUUCAUGCCUCCCCUGUCACGUCUUUGAAGGUCCCCCUCCUUUGACCAAAUAUCAAGCAUACUGUUUCUCCUCAGCCUCAAUCACUGCAAGAGUCUUGACCAACCUUAUACCUACCACUUCAGGCUACAAGAACACGACAGGGUCUUGGAAUCUUCAUUUUAAUUAGUGGACAGACAAGGGCCUUGAAGCUUUCGUCAAAUCACCUUCCAUUCAUUCAUUGCAGCACAUAAACCUGACCUGUUUUUUAUACCCAUUCUUCUUUUUGUUUAUGCGUAGGGAUUCCCAGAGGUCCCUUCCGGCAUUCAGCAAAGUCGUUUGUUUGAUUUUAUGAGGUUGAGCAGUAUUGUCAAGACAUUGGCUUUUGUGUCUGAGAUAUUAUAAGAGAAAAGGAAUCUCAAGCUAUAAUAUCAUCGACCUUUUACUACUCUCCUAUCUUUACUUCCUGUCUCCGAAUUUUCCUAUCGUCACUGUAUCCUUCGUUGUGAAAGUGGUCUUCCCUCCUUUAAUCUUGAUCUAAUUACAUUCGCAAUCACUUUCAUUGGACGUGCAAUUGAAUACAAUGUCAUCCUCUGUUCACUUCAAGUUCAAGUCUCAAAAGGAACCCUCCCGGGUGACAUUUGAUGGCACCGGUAUCUCUGUCUUCGAACUGAAACGAGAAAUCAUCAAUCAGAGUAGACUGGGUGACGGAACCGACUUUGAGCUGUCGAUAUACAACGAAGAUACUGGAGAAGAAUACGACGAUGAUACUACUAUCAUACCUCGGUCUACAUCGGUUAUAGCUCGCAGGCUGCCAGCGUCGCGUCCUGGGAAGGGCGGUGCAGCUCGUUAUGUGUCUGGUAAAAUGCCUGUCAACGCGCGUCCUACCGGCCGCAGCGACUUUCCCUCGAAUCGAACAAUGCCCAACUCCAGCGGCACGGUUAGCAGCGGCGUUAUCGAACUGAAUAAUGCCCAGACCGAAGAAGAAAAGAUCAAUGCUCUUUUCAAUCUGCAGGCCAACCAAUGGAAAGAACAACAGCAAGAGAUGGCGAAUGCCACACCCGUCCCUUUCGGCCGUGGGAGGGGAAAGCCUGUAAAUGUUCCUGAUCACCCACCUCCACCGGGGUAUCUCUGUUAUCGCUGCCGUGAAAAAGGCCAUUGGAUCCAGGCGUGUCCAACAAAUAAUGAUCCAAAGUUCGAUGGCAAGUACCGAGUGAAACGGUCGACAGGGAUCCCUCGUUCUCUCCAAACGAAGGUUGAAAAGCCAGAGUCCAUUUCAAUGGAUGGCUCAAACGAGGAUUUGAGAAAUACAGGCAUUAUGGUAAAUGCCGAUGGUGAUUUCGUCAUUGCUAAACCAGACAAGGCAGCUUGGGAAUUGUAUCAGGAAAAGGCAAAAGCAAGUGCUGCAGCUGCAGCAGAAGCGGCAGCUGCAGAAUACAGUAAAGAAUUGCAGUCGCGUGGUAUAGAGUGUCCAAUUGACAAGCGGAUAUUCCUGGAACCCACAAAGACGCCAUGUUGCCAACGUACUUACUGCAAUGAUUGUAUUACCAAUGCAUUGAUUGAAAGUGAUUUUGUCUGUCCCGGAUGUUCAACUGAAGGUGUUCUGCUUGAUAACCUUACAGUGGAUGACGAAUCCGCUGCGAAGAUAAAGGCGUAUGAAGCCGAAAAGGCGGAUUCCAAGAAAGAGAAGGAAAAGCAGCAAGCAAUGCAAGAGGAACAACCGGCAAAUCGACAACCUGCUGCGGGUGAGACUUCGAAUACACCGGAGGCUUCAUCGACUCCAGCUUCUGCCGGUGAAAAGCCGACUACCGCAUCCUCGGGGAAGAGGCCAAUAGAGGAAGUCGAGCCGGCCAGCGGCGACAAGGAGGAAUCAAGCGAUGCCAUGCCGCCGAAGAAAUUAAAGGGUGAGGACCGCCCGUCAUCUGUUCCUGUGCCAGAUACACAAACUCAAGACCCGUCCUCGCAAUUCACCCCACUUCCGUUUGGUCAACAAAUGCCCUUUGGCGGUAUGGGGUUCCAGGGUAUGCCUCCAGUCCCAUUCCCUGAUGCUGGCUUUUCCGCGGAGGGAAUGGGGUUCAUGAAUCCUAUGUCGAUGCCCCCCACGAAUGGAUUUCCAAGUAGCAUGGGUCAGGCCUGGGGCCCCAUGAACGCUAUGAAUUUCAAUCCAGCUCAGAACGGAAUGUACCCUGACCAUGCAAAUGGCCCUAUCCCUAACAACUUCGGUGCACCGAAUAUGUACAAUGGUUCAGGGGAACCACCGAUGGGCAUGUUCCCUAUGCAAAUGCCAGGUCUUCCCCAGCACAAUGCGGGCUUUCCACAGGGCGCGGGGAUGGGCCAUUUCUCGAAUCAACAGCGAACAACCUUCAGCACUCCCUUUGCCAGGGAGGAAGACACAGCAUACUUCCGUCAGCCUGUUAAUCCCCAGCGACAUCAGUCAAGACAUAGGCGGAUAAGACCGAGCGAUUAUCGGGAACUUUGAGGGUGCUGUAAGAUAUUUUCGUGUUACGGCUAUGGUUUUGUUUUAUAUUUUAUGUCUCAUUUCAUGCUGCACAGCCUAGGAGUUUCUGGACAUCUUCAUACUUCAUACAUAAACACAAAAAUAAGACUACCAAUAUCAAUAAAAAGGUGAUA